AAAAAAAGUUUUUUUUUAAUAACAGCACGCCAUGAAGAACUCCAUGGCACCUACAAAGUUAUACUUGGACAUAGUAAAUAAACGGUCUACUCAGUUGGAGAAAUGCAGUAAGAACCAAUUAUUAAUAUUAGACUUGAACGGUACCCUUGUAUCUCGAGUAAGCAAACGUUCUAUGUAUGUUCGCCCUUACAGCCAAAAAUUCAUCGACUACGUAUUUGACAAUUUUAAUGUGAUGCUGUGGUCAAGUGCUAGACCUCACUCAGUUCGCAACAUGUGUCGUAUGUUUGGAAAAAGAACAAAGGACAUUUCUGUAAUUUGGGAUAGAACGAGUUUUGAACUUUCUGAAGUAGACUAUGGUCGAAAAGUAGUCACUGUCAAAGACCUUGACAAAGUAUGGAAGCAUUUCAAUUACAAAUACGAUCCAACCAACACCAUUUUAAUUGACGAUUCACCUGUCAAAGCACAAUUGCAACCUUACAACUGUAUUCAUCCUAGCGAGUUUAAACACACCUCUAAAAGUUUUGUUUCGAGCGGAGAAUCUGAACUAUUGCACCUCAUCAAUUACCUUAAAGUACUCCAAUUUCAAAGCAAUGUAGCCAAUUACAUCAAACAACACCCCUAUGAUCAUGCAGUCAAUGAUAACGCUGAGAAUAUCUACCUAGUAGAGCAUUAUGUCUUUGCCGAUCCUAUAGACACGCCACCACGAUUAACAGACUUGAAGCCCGUGGAAGAUGAAUUGACAAGCAAGUUAGCUAAACUAAGCUUUUAAGCCAAUCAAAUUAUCACGUAUACCAAUGGCCAAUGGGGGAAAGGAACUUAAAAAUAAACCCUUUUUUCUAUGUUACGCGAGAGAUAUAAAUAAAAAAAAAAGGGGGGUGGAGAGAGCUGAUUGUUCUAUAAAAAUAAUAUUCUUUCAUUUCUUUCUUGUUAUCCCCUUUUC